AUGUCGAAUGUAAAGCGACCUAAUACUAAAACGUUAUUAAGCUAUAAUUUCUCUUCGAAAAAAAUACAAAGUGAUGCUGAAAAUUUAACACCGAGUACAAAUACACCUGUAGCUACUACAAUCACGACGAAUGAUGAUGCUUGCACUUUACUUUCAUCCAGUGAUCUUGAAAAUUCAGUUCAAUUGAAUGACGAAGUUAACUUCAGCGUUGCAAACAAAUUUAGGUAUGGAACAUUGAAAGAUUCAACAGCCGAGUCAUGGUAUCAUGCCAUAAUAAAUUUUCAACAUAUAAUUUCAACUUGUAUUUCAUGUUUUUUAUUAUCAGAAAUUAUUCCAACUAGUCGUUUACUGCAAACAGAAACAUUGGAUUUUUCAUCAGCUAAUCGAUGUGUUGAUGAUUUAUUAGAUACACUUGAUCAACGAAAACAACAAGCUCAAGAUUAUGUUCAUAAUGUAAUUUAUAGCCAUGCUGAUGCUUUACGUAAAGAACUGUUUGUCACACCAUCCAUACCAAGUCAUUCAACAUUGGCUAUGCGAAAACAAAAUAUGUCAGUUUGUGAUCCAGAAAUGUUUUAUUGUGAUUAUGUUUAUCUACCAUAUUUAGACGAAUUAGUUAAUAAUGUUAAAAGUCGAUUAUCUGGCUUAAAAGGUGAACGAAUUGUUCUAUUAAGCAAAUUGCGACCCGAAGUAAUUAUAAAUGAAAAACUAUUUGAAUUAACAAAACACUUGUUGAAACAAUUCGCUAGUCGUUUACUAUCACCAUUACAAUUAAGUUCUGAAUUAGAAUGA